GAGCUCAGAGAGGCUGGGAUAAACUUUCCAAGAGGACAGACGAGGAAAAAAAGCGCAUCUCUGUUUCGGACACCUGAUGGGCAUCGUCUCAUAUUUGAACCGUCUCAUUGUCUUUAUGCGAAUUUGUUUAGGAUAAUGAAAAACGGAAGUCGCACAAUUAUUUAAAGGGACAUCGACAGGAACUGCAGGUUUUGUUUUUUCAGAAAUGGCUUUGUCUAUUAGAAGCAGGUGUUUGAUUUUGCUGUGUUUGACAACUCUUCACUACGGUCAUGCAGCUCUUCAGCAGUCCUGCAUGGAUAAGCACCAGGUGGUCGGGGUGCUGCGUCAGAUGGAGAAGUUCUUGAAAGGCCAGGAGAUUCGGUUUACAGAGGGUCUCCGGAUAAUGAAGUCAAAACUGGCAUCACUUCAGAACUCUGUGUCCAAGUUACCUCAAGCUGAUCAGUCGGCUGCUCCGACCACCUGCCCCUCCUUAGAAGCCCCUGCUCAUGGAACAAAAUUCGGCUCAAAGCAUUUUGUUGGGCAUGAAGUCCAUUUCACUUGCUCACAGGGGUUCCAGCUUAUCGGUUCUUCUACCCGGGUUUGUCGAGACAAUGGCACCUGGUCUGGUGUCAGUGCAAUUUGUAAAGAUAUAAGUGAGUGUGUGAGUAACCCCUGCCAAAAUGGAGGUACGUGUGUGGAAGGUGUAAACCAAUACAAAUGCACCUGCCCCCAUAACUGGAGCGGCUCCCACUGCCAGCACCAAACCCAAACUGCACCGCCCGAAUGGAGUGUGAUGAACGAUCCGGCGUUUAGUCGGAGACCUCGCUGUGCCCAAAUCAACCAAGCCCAGCACUGCAGCUGUGAUGCAGGCUUCCACAUGAGUGGCACGUCUGACAACAGCAUCUGCCAGGAUGUUAAUGAAUGUGAAGUGUAUCGGUUGGACCAAGGAGGGAAACUCUGCUUCCAUGAGUGUGUGAACAUCCCUGGGUCAUACCACUGCUCCUGUCCUGUUGGUUACAAGUUACUUCCAGAUGGGCGGACCUGUGAAGAUGUGGAUGAGUGUUUAAGCCAGAAGCAUAACUGUAGCAGAGGUACGUCUUGCAUCAACACUGGGGGAAGCUUUCGAUGCGUCAACCCUGAGUGUCCCCGUUCCCAUGGCAACAUCAGCUACGUCAAGACAUCUCCUUUUCAGUGUGAGAGAAACCCCUGUCCCAUGAACAGCCGCUCCUGCCAUCUGGCUCCUAAGACCCUGUCGUUCCACUACCUGUCCCUUCCCUCCAACCUGCAGACUCCUGCCACGCUGUUCCGCAUGGCAACCGCAGCCGCCCCCGGCCGCACAGGACCAGACAGCCUGCGCUUCGGUAUAGCUGGGGGGAACUCCCGAGGCAUCUUCGUCAUGCAGCGCUCAGACAGACAGACAGGUGAGCUGAUACUGGUACAGCAGCUUCGUGGGCCUCAUGAGGUCAGUGUCGAUGUGGAGAUGUCCGAAUACGCUGAUCGCAGCUUUCAGGCCAAACACGUUGCAAAAGUCCACAUUCUAGUUUCGCCUUAUAAUUUCUGAGGGUGAACCUGGAGGAGAAGCACAGCUCAAAGAACUUUGCAGGAACAAGGAAGAGCGCACAAAGGCCACCAAGGUGGAAAAGAAAAUGUGUAAGCCGUCACACAUGCUUUAAUACAUCUUUCUAAUAUGGUCUAAAAAUGAGGGCUGGUUGUUGUACACUGUCAUAAAAAAAUAUACAUAUCCUCUUUUGUUGCUUAUUUGGUGCAAAUAAAUGUUUCAGGUCAUUAAUCAUUUUCUAAUGUCAGACAAAAAUCCUGUUUUCAAAUGGUGAUUUAAUAUACUAAGGGAAAAUAGCUCAACACAUUCUUUGCCCCUUUUCUAAAUCAUAAAUCAACUUUAAUUGACUAAAGAUGUAUAAGACCUAAGUUGAAUUUUACCAGCAAGUCACAGUUCAGAUAUCGGCUGUUUAUAAGGACGUGUCUCUCAAAUGAUGUAGGCUAAA